CGUGGACGUCACUUCCGCCGGGACCGAACGCGACAACCGAACUGUGUUAACGUUGAGAUGGUGAAUAAUCGCCUUUUUGAGACUGAAGGAGCGCUGGAGACCGAGAGCCCUCGGUUAAUAGAGGAGUACCUCUCUCCACUACCAAGCUCUCCUUCUAAGAAAGGCUGUACUGCUAAACGGAAGCAGUAUUAUAUAAAUCGUGCCAUCCGCAACUCUGAUCUAACUCCAAGGGCCAAAGGGAGAAAGAGUCUACGCCGCCUGGAAAACAAUCGCUAUUUGAUGACUUUGCUGGAGAAAGAUGAAUGUGUGACAGAAGAGGGUGAAACCUGUAAUUAUUCUCCCCCCAGCAUAUUUACUGAAGCCUGUAAUAAUGAGACAUACAUUGAGAUAUGGAAUGAUUUCAUGAACCGCUCUGGAGAAGAGCAAGAGAAGGUGCUCUUGUACUUGGAGCAGGAAGUGAGGCGACCUAGAGAAAGGGCUAAUAAAGGAAAAGAUAAGAGGACAGGUACCUUCCUAAACCAUUUGUCUCCCGAUGUAAGGCAUGCUUACACCCCUGAGGAAUGUUACCAGCGGAUUAACCGUAGCCUGCGUUGUACCCUUAAAAGACGCCAAAUUCCAAUGGGUACACUGGAAUGUUUGGAGGAAGAGAUGCUUUCAUUCUUUUCAGUCAGUCCUGAGUCAGUAUAUAUUGCCAUGAUGGAAAACAGUUACCAGCGCCUCCUGCUGCACGCUGUGUGUCAGUACAUGGAUCUGGCCUCUGCUAGUUCCAACCUCCAAGGCAAACGCCAGAUGCGUGUGGUGAACAGGAACAGAGAGUUUUGCCCCCCAGAAUUGCUUCUCUCCACCUAUCUGCAAAUGAAAUGCUGACAGAUCGAGAGAGUGGUGGAUGCUGGAGCCCGUUUGAGAACGUAUUUAAACUUAAGGGCUUAAAAUCUCGGUACAAAGAGCAGCUGUGUGCAGCAACCCACUGUAACUUUAGCACAAAACAGGCUUCUCAGAAGCUAACAUGUGAUUUAGUUUCUGUGAGUUAAUGCACACCAUUGCACUUUCUACUGUUUGUAUUGUCCUCCA